GGCCUGAAUAUUAUUAUAGAAUAUAAAAGAAGAUAAAACAGGAUGUAAGGAAGAUUCGUUCCCUCCUUCUAGAGGAAGGCUAAAUGUGCGUGGAAAGGAAUAUAAGCCGUUUCUUUCUAUCGAAGAAAAUCAUUUCAAUGUUGACAGCAACGAAGAGCCCUGUGGGUGGAUUAACUUUGUAUAUUAUAUUUCCUGGUAAAACAAUGAGAAGAAUACUGCUUUGCUUAUAUGAGGAUACAUCGUGGCUCGAGAAGGAUCAUCAUUUCAGGUUUUGUUUUUGAGCUUCUAACACCAUGGCUUCAGGAGGAUCCAAAUCCGUAGCCAGCAUCCUCUUAGUACUAAAUUUAGUGCUGUAUGUGGUUAUUACUGUAAUUGCUUCGUGGGCAGUGAAUCAUGGGAUUGAACAUUCUCGUGAAACAGCAUCUAGGUUGCCGAUUCCAGCUCGAAUAUUCCCAAUAUACUUUCCAAUAGGGAAUAUGGCGACAGGGUUCUUCAUAUUAUUCAGUCUCACAGCUGGGGUCGUGGGCAUCACCACCUCACUUACUGGACUACACAACCUUUCUCAAUGGAAUGCCCCAAACUUGAAUGCAGCAGCUGUUUCUUCUUUCACAACUUGGGCAUUCACUGUACUAGCCAUGGGAUUUGCAUGCAAAGAGAUUGAGCUUGGUUGGACACACUCAAAUCUGCGCACGUUAGAGAUAUUCACAAUAAUUGUAACUGCGACUCAAAUGUUAUGCACUGGUGUUAUCCACGUUGGGGUUUCAGAGUCUCCAAGUGCCGCAUACUGAGCUUCGCUUUCAUCACCAACUUCAUUUCUCUUUCAAACACCUCAAAUCGAUGCUUCUGGGCUUUGUAUUUUGUGAUUCUCUUGCGUUUUUAUCUCUGUUUUUAUUUCAUUUAUGGGUGAAAAUUUGAUUUGUAUGUUUUUGUACUUUCUCUUCGUUUCGAUUUGAUUAUGGAAUGCGUGAUCUAUUCACGGGACCUACAAAAUAGA